ACUCAAAAGACUCAAACUUCAAGUACCCUUUUGCUUCCUUAUUUUAUCCAACUUAAUUUCUUACAUAUUUGCUCCAUAUUAUCGUUCUCAGAGGCUCAGAGUCAUAUUCUGCAGAAACUUGUAGAAGCUUAUUAUUAUAUCAGUUAAGUCAUAUUAUUGUGUGAGAGAUGAGGAAUCUAUGGAAAGCAGUGGAUGGGUUGAAACCAGCUUUGCUGAUGUUAAGUGUACAGAUUGCUUUUGCUUCUGUGAAUGUGAUGUACAAAGUUGCUAUUAACCAUGGAAUGAGCGUUAGGGUUCUCACUGCUUAUCGUCUCAUUUUUGCCUCUGCUUUUACUAUUCCUCUUGCUCUUCUUCUUGAAAGGAAUAAGACACCAAAGCUGACUUGGAGGGUAUUGUUCAUGGCAUUCUUUUGUGGUUUAUUCGGGGGAAGUUUGUUUCAAAACCUUUAUUUCGAAGGUUUGGCUUUAAUAUCUGCGACGUUUGCUUCUGCUGUUUAUAAUCUCAUUCCUGCUGUCACUUUUAUCUUGGCAGUCUGCUGUGGAUAUGAGAAAUUAAAUCUGGGGAAGGCAGAAGGGAAGGCAAAAGUGUUAGGAACAAUAAUAGGGGUAGGAGGGGCAAUGAUGCUAACCUUCAUGAAAGGCAUAGAAAUCAACAUUUGGACAUUUCACAUUCACCUUUUGCGUCACAACAACACUUCAACCUCACAACAUGGCAGCAAAUUGCUUGGUGUUUUCUGUGGCAUCGCAAGCUGCUUCUGUUUUGCACUUUGGCUCAUCAUUCAGGCAAAGAUGAGUAAGGAAUACCCAAAGCAUCAUUCAAGCACAGCCUUGAUGUCCACAAUAGGGGCAAUUCAGUCCACUGUGUUUGCUCUUUGCAUUGAUAGAGAUUGGAGCCAAUGGAGGUUGCAUUGGAAUGGAGUAGUGGCAUCAGGAAUAAUGGUGAUAGUGAUAGCAUGGUGUGUGAGGAUGAGGGGCCCACUGUAUGCCUCAGUGUUCAACCCUCUCAUGCUUGUGCUGGUCGCCAUCGCUGGCUCCCUCAUGCUGGAUGAAAACCUCUACUUGGGCAGUGUAAUUGGAGCAGUGCUGAUAGUGGUAGGGUUAUACCUAGUGUUAUGGGGAAAGGGCAAAGAGGCCAAGAAGAUGAAUCAGUUAGUACCCUCCGAUCAAAUCUCUCAACAAUCUACAGCCGUUGAGAUUGUUGUUCAUCAAGUUUCUUCAUUAUCCAAAGCUGAACAACCAGUUGAAGAUUCCCAGAAUAAGCCCAACGAUGACCAGAACACACCCUCCUUAUGAUUGUCGCAGAUUGAUAAUUGAUAAUAAAUAUAUAUAAUGAAGCUUCAAUAAUGAUUUGUAAAGUAAGUUUGAAUUUAUUUACAAAAAUGUUAUCAAUCAUUUUUCUAUAUAUGCUGGUUUUAGA